CCAUUCACACAUCCAGCACCCUGACCUUUGAUCCGUGGGGGGAUUUAAAUGCACCGACCAGCGGCUCCGCUCAUUGCUGGAAUGACGCGCGACAUGUCUGCGUUCGGCGGCAACCUGCGCGCCGGAGCUUUGACAAACUAUCAAACGUACAUGGAAGGAACUGCACACGGAGCCGCCAACUCAGAGAAGCCUCCGCAACCCCGAACGUCUCCACAGAUUCCGUGCGUAAUUUACGCACCGCCUCCAUUAUUCAUUAAACUGAUUUUUGUUGCAGAUUACAGCGCACCAGCCGCCGCAAACUACUUCAAGUCUGCACAUUCUGCAGCCGGAGCGGGUCAAUGUACGUCGGUUCUGAGCCACAAGCGAAAACGAACCAACUUCAGCCAGCAGCAGAUUGAAGUGCUGGAGAAAGUUUAUUCGGACACCAAAUAUCCAGACAUCUACCUGCGAGAGAAGCUGGAGGCGCUGACUGGGCUCCCGGAGUACAGGAUUCAGGUUUGGUUCCAAAACAGGAGAGCAAAAUCCCGGCGCCAAGUUGGGUCAUCGGUGUCCAUGAAAACCUCCAACACUCCACGCACCAGUGCUUUCAGCCAACAACAAAGCAGGACGGAUCCAGAUAAAGUUUACAAUAACUACGGAGCCGAGACGCACAAGAUAGGAAGUUACACACUGGAAAACAGUUUCAGACACACGGUGCACCAAAACACAAUGGACACGCACAAGUCUGGUCAAACUAGCAAGAGCAGCGGCUAUGAGCACAUGUCUGCAUCCUGCAUCUACGACGGGAACAAAACCAGAAUGAAGCCAGAGCAGAUUCAACAAGACGAGGUGAGCGUUAACAUCCCGUGCUGCAAUGUCCAUCUUUACCCAGAGGAAAGUGGGCAUCACCCAGAGCGCCAAGCCAACGCCAUCAGCGACCAGGGUCAAGGUCCGAAGGCACUGGUAGAGUACGACAAUUUCCCACCGAACAAAACCAUCGGACCAGAGAUGAAAGUUGUGAUCCCACCAAUCUUGAACCACAAUGUGUUCAACAAGCCAUCACUGAAGGAGAACGGCUGUCAAAUCCAGUAUCUACCCGUGAGAUCCAGAGGGAACAAGUUCAAUCAGUUCUCCCCAAUCCACACCCCCGAGGGGUGUGAGAUCUCCGACUCGGACUCCGACUGGGAAAACAAAGCUUUGCCUGGCUUUAGUGGCUUCAUGUGAUGUACCAAAAUGUUUGUGUGAAAAUAAAAUCCUAUUUAUUAUAAAAUGAUAAUAAACUAUUUG